AUGAGCACGAACAGAGCCCCGAAUCCCGACCCAGACGUGAAUUUAAACAAAGACAUCUGGGACUUGUACUCGAGCGCCCAGAAAAUAUUGCCCAAUUCUAACCGUAUUUUGAACCUUUCUUGGCGUUUGCAUAACCGCACGUCUUUCCAUCAAAUUAACCGCAUAAUGCAACAUUCCAACUCUAUUAUGGACUUCUCCGCCUCGCCUUUCGCCAGCGGCGCAAACGCCGCUGGCCCUGGCAACAAUGACCUCGAUGACACCGACACUGAUAACCAGCAGUUCUUCCUUUCGGACAUGAACCUCAACGGUUCCUCUGUUUUUGAGAAUGUGUUUGAUGACGAUGACGAUGAUGAUGAUGUGGAGACUCACUCUAUUGUACAUUCCGACCUGCUCAACGACAUGGACAGCGCUUCCCAGCGCGCUUCACAUAAUGCUUCUGGUUUUCCCAAUUUUUUGGACACUUCCUGCUCGUCCUCCUUCGAUGACCACUUUAUUUUCACCAAUAACUUACCAUUUUUAAGUAAUAAUAGCAUUAAUAAUAAUCAUAGUCAUAAUAGUAGUCAUAAUAAUAACAGUAACAGCAUCAACAAUAACACAAACACAAACGCAAACACUAAUAGUCCUUUACUGAGAAGAAAUCCGUCUCCAUCUAUAGUGAAACCUGCUUCGCGAAGAAAUUCCUCCGUGAGGAAGAAGAAACCUGCGUUGAAGAAGAUCAAGUCCUCUACUUCGGUGCAAUCUUCAGUUACUCCGCCCUCGUCUAACGCCUCAGCCAACCCGGAUAUAAAAUGCUCCAACUGCACAACGUCUACCACUCCAUUGUGGAGGAAAGACCCUAAGGGUCUUCCCCUGUGCAAUGCUUGCGGUCUGUUCCUCAAGCUUCACGGUGUCACAAGGCCCCUGUCGCUGAAAACUGACAUCAUCAAGAAGAGGCAGAGGUCGUCUACUAAGAUAAACAACAAUAUAACGCCCCCUCCAUCGUCCUCCUCGAAUGCAGGAGCAGCAGGGAAAAAGAAGAACUACACUGCAAGCGUGGCGGCGUCCAAGAGGAAAAACUCACUGAACAUCGUCGCGCCUUUAAAGUCUCAGGACAUACCCAUUCCGAAGAUCGCUUCACCCUCCAUCCCACAAUACCUCCGCUCUAACAACCGCCAUCACCUCUCGAGCUCCGCACCCGUCGAGGUAGAAACGUUCUCGAGCUUUCAGCCUGAUAUGAAUAUGACCAUGAACAUGAACCUUCACAACUCCUCGUCCUCCGCUUUCAACAACGAAGCCUUCUGGAAACCUUUGGAUUCUGCCGCAGAUCAUCAUUCUGCAGACACAAAUCCAAACUCGAAUGUCAAUACCACACCGAAUGGCAAUCUGAGCUUAGAUUGGCUGAAUCUGAAUUUAUAG